AUGACUUCUGAUAAAUUCUUGAUUACCGAUCGGGACAACUUUCCUUAUGUGUACAUGCAACACAAGGACAUCCCACGCAAACAGCGCGAUGACGGCUUCCUGCGCAGUAACAUUUACCUACCAAAGGAUGCAGCACCGUUCGGAAACAAAAAAUACCCGGUGAUUGCAACCUACGGUCCUUACGGCAAAGAAGUUCCCUACAGCGUGUUUCACCCGAAGUCAUGGGCGCAACUCAACCCAGAAAUGAAGUCGGCCCACGCCGCCUGGGAAACGCCCGAUCCAGGCUACUGGACUGCUCAAGGCUUUGUGGUCGUGCGUGUCGAUGAGCGUGGCGCGGGCCAAAGCCCAGGCAAGCUGGACACUAUGUCGCGCGGCACCAGCGAGGCCUUCUUCGAUGUUGUGGAGUGGUGUGCCGAACAGGAAUGGUCGUCUGGGAAAGUCGGCUUGUUGGGUAUCAGCUACUAUGCAGGCACACAGUGGAGGGUUGCUGCACGACGUCCAAAAGGACUGGCGGCCAUUAUUCCUUGGGAGGGCAUGAGCGAUUACUAUCGAGACCGCGUGAGGCAUGGCGGUGUCUUAUCCGACAAAUUCAUCAAAUUCUGGUGGGAGAAUGCUGUUGUUAAGAACCAAUACGGUACACCAGGCCGCGCAGCUAAGAAUUGGGGCCUUGAUACCCUGGAUGGUGAUCUCGACGACGCAACUCUGGUUGCCAAUCGAAGGAACCAGAUGGAGGAUACAGCAGCGCACCGCUUCCUCGACGAUGAAUACUACGCUAGUCGUAACUUCGAAGUUGAGAACAUAGAAGUCCCACUGCUCAGCGUGGCCAACUGGGGGGGAAUCCUUCUGCAUCUCCGUGGUAACGUACUUGGCUGGAUGCGUGCCUCUUCGCCGUACAAGUUUCUCCACUUCGUCGUCGGCCGGCAUGACUUGCCCUUCUACUAUGAGCACUCGGCCAAGCUGCAGCUAUCGUUCUUCGAUGCCUUUUUGAAGGACAACGACUACGGUGGUUGGAAGUCCGGUGAGCAGCCGCGCGUCCAACUGUGCUUAAGGAAGGGAGACUGCGGCGUCGACGACCCAGAACGUGAGCUCGCGUUCCCAACGCGUGGCGAAGCAGACUGGCCUAUUCCGGACACAGCCUACACCAAAUUCUACCUCACAGCAGACCAGAAGCUGUCCGAAGAUGCGAAGGGCAAGAGUCAUGCAUUCUCCUACGAUGCAUUGGCUGGUGAGCCCGUGCAGUUCCGCUACACCACUUCGCAAACGCUCGAAUUGACGGGCCACAUCGUAGCGCACUUGAGCGUCUCAGCAUCAGCCAACGGCACCUCUUCGCCCACGGAUAUUGACCUGUUUGUCACUCUUCGGAAGCUCGCCAAAGAUGGAUCGGAAGUGUUCUAUACCGGCACAAUGGGCGACGCCGUCCCGGUCGUCAAGGGCUGGCAACGAGUGUCGCUGCGGACAACAGAUCCUUCCCACGCCCUUCACCGACCAUACCUGCCGUAUCGCAACUACCUCUCGUCGGACGUGCGAGAAGUCAAAGCUGGUCAGAAGUAUGAAGUUGACGUGGAAGUGUGGCCCACGAAUGUGGUUUUGGAGGAGGGCGAGACGCUGGUCUUCGAGGUCGCGGGACAUGACACCCAGGGUGUAGGUACCUUCUCUCAUGACCAUUUGGAGGAUCGAAAGGCGGAAGUAUUUGGUGGAACGAAUUCCGUUCAUGUAGGGGGUGAAGACAGCUGGUUGUUGCUGCCUGUCAUUCCCGCUAGGCAAUAG